AAGUCAUAUGGCUGGAAUAGUACACCGUAACAUUGGACAACCUUGCUGUCCAACGACAAUCACAUUCGUCAAGGCCUCCCCUACGUGCCCGACAAGGAAUUCCUAUACAAUACAGUUAUUCAAAUCUGUUUAGACAUUUGGGGAAAAUUAGAGAAGAUGAGGAGAAUGAACCAGGUUAAAGUAAUGGCGGUGUUCACACUAUGCACUUGUCUUGUCAGCCUACUGAUUUAUUAUAAUUAUUCCGAAUUUAUCCCGAGGGUAAGGAUGCUUCUUGCACUGACUUCCAGAGACCACGAGAACACUACUGAGAAUAUCAUCGCGUAUGUGCACAAGGGUGCAAUCAGUUCAGUGAUCCAGUCAGGUGCAGGUAAACAUUCAAAACAAGAAGCGUUUCUUUUGAACAGAAGCAUACCCACGCCGAUCACACGACGUAAUGAACGACUUCCUCAGAUGCUCCAGCAAACUGAUAACAGUUCAGGUCAACCAUUCCUCAAUAAGAGACGUUUUUAUGCCGUUUUAGGAGAGGGCGGACUUGAAAACAGGUUUCCACCUAGGAGGCCUUACCAAAGCGAGUUUCAGCAAGUGGACGUCCGAAUCUUUAUAUAUUCUGCAAUAUACGAAAAUACUCACUCGUCAGUGCGAACUCUUAUCCUUGUCCCGGAACCAUUCCAUCCUGUUUCCUUCGUUUGCGUACUGAAGAGAACAAGGUCACACAUAGGUUAUUGGGUUCAAGGUCAUUUCCAACACAUCCCUCCAAGUAGAUGGGGUACCUACAAUAAUCGAUGUGGAUUUGUUCACUGCCCAGUACCUCAAGGCUCCUACCCGGCGUUCAUCUCUGUUCUCACUGCCCGGAUGUCCUCCCCCCUCAACAUCCUCCCUGUCAACUAUCCCGGACCCCCCUACAACCGACUGACGCACUGUUACCCUGCCCUGCAUGGAAACUUCACUGACGUCAACACACUUGUCACAGCCCUGGAGACCAGCAGAUACUUCGGGACAGACAAGUUCCUCAUCUACAACUACAGCAUACCAGAAGAUGUCAACAAAGUGCUGCUGCACUAUGAGAGGGAAGGCAUUGUGGAGAUGAGGAACUGGAAGCUUCCCUUCCCCCCAGACCAGAUCCACUACUGGGGUCAGAUGGCGAGUAUCCAUGACUGUGUCUUCUCUCAGCUUGGGGUAGCCAAGUACGUCCUCCUUGCAGAUGUUGAUGAAAUUGUUGUGCCCAAGAAACAUGUCUCGUUAGUAGCUCUGGCUGACAGACUACUGAAUGCAAAAAACCCUGAUUCUCAAAAUGUGUAUGGGGCCCUCAUGUUCAAAAAUGCAUUCUUCCCAAUCUAUGAAAGUGAGACAAAAGUCGAGUUCCCUGAAAAGAAGGAUGCGAAGAAAUUUAAAAUGCAUGCAUUUCUGCAUACCUACAGGUCUUGCAUCAAUAAGCCUGGCGACAGAUCAAAAAUUCUCGUGAAACCCGAGGUCGUGAACCUGAUUCAUGUUCACGGAAUGGAAAAGUUCCUCCCUGGUUGGGAGAUGUAUGUUGUUAGUCCAAAAGUCGCUCUAAUGCAUCACUACCGGGCGAGUAAAGACCCCAAAAUGUUUCAUCCAUGGAGUGAGGAUUUUACCUUUAUAAAAUUCAGCAAUAGUCUUAUACCAAAGAUAAAGGACCGACUUUUACAUCUACAGAGUAAACUGGGAGUAAAUAUUUGAUCAUGAGGCAAUAUUUAUUUUGAAGUGUGAAUUGACCAGAAGACCCGCCAGACGUCCCAUUUUGACAGGUAACCACCGUCAAGCACGUAUACAGUGGUGCAGACAGCGUCUACGCUGGACGGCCAUGAAG